AUGUUCCAUGAAGGUAGCUAUCUCGCGAUGGCCGAUGGUUCAUUUGUGACGGCAACAAACGAGGAGAUUGGGAAAGUUUUCCAAAGAUCAGAUUUAGGACCUUGGCUUAUAUCUAGCUACAAUUUUGGGUACUCCAUAGCACUUCCAGUGUAUGCACAUCUAUGCGCAGCAUAUGGACACAAGCCUGUUCUCAUCAUCGCUUUCGUGAUUUUUGCCUUUGGCGCUCUCGUCACGGGCAUAUCAUUGUCAAUGCCAAUGUUGAUGGUAGGAAGGUUCUUUACAGGAAUCGGUGGCUCUGGGCUGGUCGAUGUUAUUUCGAUUUUGCUUAAUGAUCUUGUUUCUCCGUCCAAAGUUGCGGUGCUACGAAGCUACCUUUCAGUUGCCUCCACGUUGGGCAUAAGCUCUGGUGGUCCAAUUGGAGGACUACUAACUCAGACUGUUGGCUGGCGAUGGAAUCCGAUCAUCCCGACUUCUACUCUUAAGGAAAAUGGGUCUUGGGCUAUAUGUCUGGGUCAGACUAUCUUAUACUUUGUUCUGUCUUCUCUUACCUCGAAUCUUUCAAUGUUUUAUGUGCGAUUGCGCGGAGCCAACGUCGGCUUAUCCGGCCUGGUAAUUUCACCAUUUCCCCUAGGUAUCGCUCUCGGCUCAAUUAUCUAUGGUCGGUUAAUUCGCCGAACCAUGAGAUACAAGAAACUGUCUAUUGUUGGAUUGGGUACAAUAGUUGCCUCGUUCGCAGUGCUCGCCCUUAUCUGGCGCUCGAGCGCUAGCUAUCUUAGUCUGAUUCCAGUGUUUUUUGCAGGAACCGGAAUGGCGGGCCUAUUUACCACCCAGUUUGUAGCUUUAUCGGCGCGGAGUAGAGGAGGACAUGCUAGAACAACGAUUACUGCAUAUUACCUCGCUCAGCAGCUUGGAUUGAUUAUUGGUGUGACAACCUCGGCAACGAUAGUGCGGACUCUAUUCGCCAACGACCUUCGGCGGAGCUUGCAUGGAGUAUCUCAAAUCGACGAGGUAAUUAUUGGCGAAUCCUUGGAAGCAAUGGUGUUUGGUAUUCUGACCCUUUGCUACAGCUUAUUCAAAGAAUUCUCAACGACAAUCGCUUCGCAGAGUCAUUACCCGAAACAAUUCAAUCGCAUGUUCGACAAAGCUUCCAACACGGCUUUCGAGCCAUACCCGUUCUUUGCCUGUGCACCAUUUUAGCGGAAGUACCGAUUAUCGUACUCCUCCGACAAUAUUCGAUUUCAUGAGCACAUUGGAGGAUACUCGGGGUAUCGAGUAACCCCUGAACGUUUAUAGAUUAGACUAUCUCAAAACAUUCCGGGUUGCACGCGACCUCGGGAGUAUAUCUGACACUUAAGAAUAUUCAUAUUGAUGUACCAGCCUAA